AUGAAUCGUUUCAGCCUGUUCUUGGGUAUUGUCGCCAUGCUUGUCCGGUUCUAUCUCAUGCAUUUUAUACAUUUUGGUAGAUCAUAUUGUAUUAAGAUAUUAAGACGAGUAAGAAGUAAUUGUUGGACCUAUAAUUCUGUGAUAAUCACUUUACUAAAUACGUUUUUUAAAGUAUCUUGACAUACUAUUACAUCUAUAUAUAAAAUGUUUUAUAAUGGUUUAUGUUGUGUUUCGUAACAUCAUAUAUAGUAAAUAAUUUUAGAAAGAGCCAGUAAAAUGUGGAAUCAGAGCGUUACCGUACUUCUACUUUGUCUGUAUAUUUUUCAAUGUAUUCGCAGUACUAAUUGGUGGCUCGAAAUGUAAGUUACAAUCGAUUUUAACAAGCUUAAAUUUUGAAAAUGUUACUACGGACGAUUUUAAACGCUAAAUGAUAGGCUAUGGCAACAAACACGGCUUUUAUCAUCAUUUUAACUAUGAUAUAUAAAAUUUAAAAAAAUGCAUUUACACAUAACAUUCUUUUAGUACUUAACUUGAAGUUACCUUGGUACAUUGUGUUGGCCAUCAGUUUAGGCUUGGGCCUGAUCACAGCCUUACUUUUUGAAUUUUAUUUGGCUUCGAAGCUCUGAAGUGGAUUGAAAAGAAGGAAUUGGAGAAGACAAGUGCUUCUAGGGUCAAUCCGGUCAGGAUCAGUAAGCUUUUCUUAAAUUUUAAAAAGGUUUUUCUGAACUUGCAUUAAAAAAUUUGACUUGAAGCUGCAUUUAACUUACUUUGCAAUAUUUUGAGGUUUUUUGUUUUAUUUCUACUCAUUACUCUAUAUUUCCUAUUGCUUUGUUUUUAGCUGACGGCUUACCUACAGAUACUGUAACUCAACCAGCACCGUAUACAAAUACUCAAAAAUUCAGCACUGGUAAGACUAUACUAUUUUAAGCCUUUUAAUAUUGACAAAUACUGAUGUUAUCUAUUUUUUAAUAUUUUAUUAUUUAUUAUUAUUCUAACGCUUUAUCAUACCCUUGCUGUACCAUUCCACCAAUUUUCAGUCCUAAAAGACUUUGUCAUCUGGUUGUUCCCAAAACAAAAACGUGAGAACGAUAGCCGCACGUUGAGUUUGUUCAGUGCGAUUCAAGUGUUCACAGCGUGCUUCGCCGGCUUUGCUCACGGUACCAACGAUGUGAGUAACGCCAUUGCCCCUUUAUCAGCUCUGAUUGCCAUUUAUGAUAAACAAAGUGCGCCAUUGGUCAUGCAGGUGUCUACUCCAUUGUAUGUGGUCGUAUUUGGGGUGGUGGCUACAUGUACUGGUCUGUGGCUUCUUGGACAUCUUGUGAUCAGGACUGUUGGUCAGGAAAUGUCAGAAAUCAAUCCAGCGAGGUAAGACAAUGAGUUAUGUUAAUAUAGCGUGGUAGCAUGAGUAAUAAAAUAAUUUAUAGCAACAUAGAAUGUUAUAAACUAAAACUUAAUUUCAAAAAAAGUGUUUUAAUUGAAAAGUUUUGAAAAUCAAAAAUAAUAUUAAGUUUUAAGUGGAUUCUGUAUUGAGUUUGGCGCCGCGACAACAGUACUAUUGGCUUCGAAACUCGGACUCCCAAUAUCGACAACGCAUUGCCUGGUGGGAUCUGUAG